CUCUCAAUGGGAGGAGUUUUGUCAAAUGAAAGUUAUUCUUCAUAUAAAACAUCUGAUUUGCUUGGACCACCAAUAAAUAACGAAGAAAUCGAAAAAGAAGAAGACAAUUAUGAAGAACAACUUGAGGAAGAUGAGCAAAAUGAAUUCUGA